AGCCAAGGUGGCUGAAUAAUCACAUAGGCACCCCCUUUUUCCGUGGCCGGGGGCGAUUAAAUUAACUUCAAUUUGCAGGCAAUGCGAUGAGUGCACCUAUAGGUAAUGGUGGCUGCGCCCCUGGAUUCGCCGUAAAUGAAAAUGCUAUACAAGUCUUCAUCAAACUUGUGUUGAUGGGGCCUGUCUCAGUGCGGCGCAAGACUUGCUAUCUCACAGCUCCUGACGAGUGUCAGAUUCGCGACGUCGAUGUCAUCGUGGUAAGUCACAGCUGAGCCCGUGUACAGGAUGACGUCCGCUACCGACAUCAUCACCUAUGUCGGUGUGCCGCUGGCGGUCCUCGGCGUGCUACCCAUUCUCUACACGUUCAUCCUUGUAAUCCUCACGCAACGACGAAUUCGCGCCUCCCUGGUCCAUCAUGGCCAUCGACCCGUGGGCACCUCCCGAUCCAACGAUGGAUUCACCAUUCGCAGUUCUCCCAUGACCAGUCUGAUUGAGGUGGAGUUGCCCAGAUACGCGAUUGCACCUUUGGAACGGAAUCAUGAUGAUUACUGGAAAACUACGACCGAAUGUCAAGAGCAGGCUGCGGAACACCACAGGUUGCUGGAUCGAGCGGAGAGUACCCUGAGCAUGAUCGAAGAAGGCCGGGUCAGGGGCUCCCUUCGAGGCGGAUCAUGGAGAGCAUUUCAUUGGAAGAGACUGGUUGUGGGUAAGAGGCUGUAUAGAAUACAAUACGUGGACGACCUGCGCGAACCUCCGGCAGAAGUCGAGUUCUCUGAACUCAUACACUUGUUGCUGGACUGGGGAGCGGUCCCUGAUGCGAUGGGCUGGGAGAAGCUGAAGUCUGGAGGUCUGUGGACCCCGACUGGCACAGUACUCCUCGUCAAGUCAGCGGAUAAAAACAAUGGACAGAAACAAGGCGACUGGGUUUUGAGAACAAGCAUGCCUGAUGAGAGCGACGGCGUUCUCAGUUUGACUAUCAGAUGGACAAACGACACGACAGGACUUACAACCACAAGGGGAGCAGCCAGUCUUCCACCUGGCUGGGGUCGACUCGGCCAACCUCAGUUGCUCGAAUCCAGUGACAAGGUCAAAGAGGAGACACGAGAUCUGCCAGCCCGGAUCGAAGAGUUGGAAUCUGCGAACAAACACUGCAUGGACAGCUCAAGUUUGCGGUUCCGGGCAGAAGAUAACAGAGUACAAAGGAUUUACUGGGAACGAGAUCACAUCGAGACAGGAUUUAUAGACGAACCCUUCCGGACGUACGAGCAAUCGAUCGGUUCGCUCUGGUUCACAUGCGGGGCUUCCGCCCUGCUAUCCCGCAAACAAUCUGACGGUGGCCUGUGGGCUUUCGACAUUCCAUCAGACAUUCAAGGUUUUGUGCGGAAUGAGUCGAUCCCGUGUGGUGUCUUGGUCAUUCUGGGACUAUUGGCAGAAGCCGACGCCCCUCAAUGGUCGUCAGAAACGGAAGCUUCGCAGCGCGAAGAGGCAAUUGCUACCUCGCAUCGCCAUUUUGCGCGAUUCCAGGCCCGGCAAGCAGCAGAGCGGCUCGAGGCGACGAUGCCACCAGAGCAGGCUAGGAUCCAUAAAAUGAAUCGGGCAACCUCCGAGCGACAACAAAUGAUUGAUGACAUGAAUAAUUCGAGCAGGUCGCGCCAAGAACGUGAGGAACGUCGAUUGCAAGAAGCCAUUUCGAGUCCACGCAUGAGUACGAAGAAAGUCUCUGAGGCGUGCCUGGCUUGGCUCAUUGCCGCGGGCGAGAUAGGUCGAGAAUGGACGCUGGACUCGCUCGCCGAAGCAGUACUAUAUCUACUUGUGGUAGACCAAGGUCCGGAUAAAGAGAGCGAAGCAAGGAAAAUCGCCAGAAUCCUUGAGGAAUGGAUGUCAUGGGCUACGGCUGGUGGAAUGAAAAGGCAACAAAUCGAUGUACUGGCGGACAACAAGGUGGCAUUCUGCUUCGCGGUGGCCCUAGUUGCCAUUGUAAACGAUUUUGCGACCUCGAGUUCAGGUCAAGCCAAGGCUGGCGCAGACAUGCUUGAAUGCUUGCGGCUGUGGCGGAAAGUGCGACUGGGAUGACAAGACAAAAGCAAUGAAAGAACUUGGAAGACAACUCACUCAGCCAUGCCAUUGUUCUAUCCUCGCUUCCGUCGCUGCGAUCCCGUACCGGCUCCAGGGCUACAUUUACAACGUUACCACGAGCUUC